UCCAAGUUCAUUCAUACAAUACUUGUCAUAAGUCACAACCAUGGAUAAUUCCAACCUUCAACGUCUCUUCACUCUCUUCCUUUUUUCCCUAAUUGCACCCUCUUUGGCUCAACAAUCCUUCAGACCCAGAGCCCUCGUUGUCCCAGUUAAAAAAGACGCUUCCACCCUCCAAUAUAUUACUCAAAUCAAACAAAGAACACCACUCGUCCCAGAAAACCUAGUACUUGACAUCGGUGGCCAAUUCCUGUGGGUCGAUUGCGACAACAACUACGUCUCCUCCACUUACCGCCCCGCACGGUGUGGCUCCGCCCAGUGCUCCCUCGCCAGAUCCGACAGCUGCGGAAACUGCUUCUCCGCCCCAAAACCCGGCUGCAACAACAACACGUGCGGCGUCACGCCAGACAACACCGUCACCGGCACCGCCACCAGCGGCGAGCUCGCGCAAGACGUCGUCUCCCUCCAAUCCACCAACGGUUUCAACCCUAUACAAAACGCCACCGUUUCGCGCUUCUUAUUCUCCUGCGCCCCAACCUUCUUACUCCAAGGCCUCGCCACCGGUGUCAGCGGCAUGGCCGGUCUCGGCAGAACUAGAAUUGCUCUCCCCUCGCAGCUCGCUUCCGCUUUCAGCUUCCGUAGAAAAUUCGCCGUCUGCCUCUCAUCUUCAAACGGCGUCGCUUUCUUCGGUGACGGACCCUACGUUCUUCUCCCCAACGUCGACGCUUCUCAGCUACUCACCUUCACGCCGUUAUUAAUUAACCCCGUUAGCACCGCCUCUGCUUUCUCCCAGGGAGAGCCUUCCGCCGAGUAUUUCAUCGGCGUGAAAUCGAUUAAAAUCGACGAAAAGACAGUGCCGUUAAACACCACUUUGUUGUCCAUAAACAGCAAAGGCGUUGGUGGAACCAAGAUUAGUUCCGUUAACCCUUACACUGUUUUGGAGGAUUCUAUCUUCAAAGCGGUGACGGAGGCUUUCGUGAAAGCUUCUUCUGCUAGGAACAUAACGAGGGUGGCUUCUGUGGCGCCGUUUGAGGUGUGCUUCAGUAGGGAGAACGUGCUCGCCACGCGGUUGGGGGCGGCGGUGCCAACUAUUGAGCUUGUGCUGCAGAACCAGAAGACGGUUUGGAGGAUUUUUGGAGCGAACUCGAUGGUUAGUGUGAGCGAUGAUAAGGUGCUAUGCCUUGGGUUUGUGAAUGGAGGUGAGAAUCCGAGGACUUCGAUAGUGAUUGGAGGAUAUCAGCUGGAGGAUAAUCUUUUGCAGUUCGAUUUGGCUACUUCAAGAUUGGGAUUCAGCUCUUUGCUCUAUGGAAGCCGAACUACGUGUGCUAACUUCAACUUUACCUCCGCUGCGUAGAAGGAAAACGUUUCAAUAAUUAGCAUUAUCUCAUUCUCAUUCAUAAUAAAUGCCGCCUGCGGAAUUUAGGUUGAGCUUCGCAACUACGAGUUUCAAAUAAACUGUUAAACACAAGUAUUUUAUAUUUCCUUUUGAUACAUACAGGGUUCAUGUUUUUUAAUUUGGAUAAGCCCCUACAUGGUUCAUGUAUCUUAUAAGUUUGAAUAUUUGUUCAGAGACAAACGUAAUCCAAGUGUGGGACACCUUCAUUGCUCUUUGUCUUGCAUUAUAUACACAUUUAAAUGCAUAUUUUUUAUUAAUAAAUAUUAAUGCUUAGUA